AUGAUUAUUUUCUCGUGGAAUGCUAGAGGGGCUGCCAGCCCAAAUUUCACUAGAGUUUUGAAAGAGUAUGUGUCUCAAUACAAGCCGGACUUAAUUGCAAUACAGGAGACGAGGUGCAGUGGUACAGUUGCACAAAAUGCUAUUAAAAAAACAUGUUUUAACUUCAAUCUGGUGAUUGAUGCUCAGGGGUUUUCAGGAGGAAUAUGGCUCAUGUGGAAUAAUCCCAAUCUUUUAAUUCAAGAGAUAAGUAGAAAUGAACAAGCUUUGCACAUCUCAGUUUCAUACAAUCUGAAGAAAUGGGACUUCAACGAUAUCAGUGACAUAAGUGAAAAGAAAGGACGAGCACCUCCCAACUUAGCUCAGAUAAGGCGUUUUAGGGAUUGGAUGGACUCAUGCGGGUUAAUGGAUUUGGGUUUCCAAGGUACGCGCUUUACCUGGAGAGGUCCGAUUUGGCAAGGCAAAGAAAGAGUCUUCAAGCGUUUGGAUAGGGCCAUAUCCAAUCUUGAUUGGAGGAUCUGUUUUUAUGAGGCUUGUGUAGAGACUCUACCACGGAUAAAAUCCGAUCACCAUCCCAUUUUGAUUAAGUGUACAGGUAACAGUCAUGUUCUGAAAAAUAAGCCAUUUUGGUUCGAAUACAUGUGGAUGCAGCAUAAAGAGUUUCAACCCUUUCUCAAGAAUAACUGGAACAGAGAUUUGGCCCUUGAUGAAUCUAUAAAGGUGUUUGUGGAGAAAGUAAAGCAGUGGAACCACAACAUUUUUGAAAAUAUCUUCAAUCAGAAGAGGAUUUUACUUAGCAGGUUGAAGGGGAUUCAGAAUUCCCCUAGAUAUGGGAGAAGCGAGUUCUUGGACAAUCUAGAGGAUGAUCUUAACAAAGAGUUAGAGGUAAUCUUGGAUAGAGAACAAAUGUUCUGGAUACAAAAAUCCAAAGAGACUUGGAUGGUUGAAGGAGAUCGUAAUACAAAAUAUUAUCACAACAAAGCCAUUAUUCGCCGAAGAAGAAAUAAGAUUUUCAAGCUAAGAGACUCUGGUGGUAGCUGGAUAGAUAACCUGGACAAUCUCAAAGGUCAUGUCUGUGCCUAUUUCAAGCAUCUGUUCUAG